GACAUUUCUUACAUACGGAAAACGGCUUCUCUCAAGAAGGCUUUGGCACCAAGAGCGAAAUAUUAUCUUUGUUUGAUUUCUCUAAAAAGAAAUGGCUUCAGACAUUCCGGGAUCGGUGACCCUCCCCGUUGCCCCCAUGGCAGCGGGACAGGUGAGGAUGACAGUGUCCGUGCCUGCUAGAGGAGGAAAAAGGCGAUCCGGAAUGGAUUUCGACGACGAAGACGGCGAAGGCCCCAGCAAAUUUUCAAGAGAGAACCACAGUGAAAUCGAGAGGCGCCGAAGAAACAAGAUGACCCAGUACAUCACGGAGCUGUCUGACAUGGUGCCCACCUGCAGCGCCCUGGCCCGCAAGCCGGACAAGCUCACCAUCCUGCGCAUGGCGGUCUCCCACAUGAAGUCCAUGAGGGGCACGGGCAACAAGUCAACCGACGGGGCCUACAAGCCUUCUUUCCUCACGGAGCAGGAGCUGAAGCACCUGAUUCUGGAGGCAGCCGACGGAUUCCUGUUCGUCGUGGCAGCCGAAACGGGGAGGGUGAUUUACGUGUCCGACUCGGUGACCCCGGUCCUGAACCAGCCGCAAUCGGAGUGGUUUGGCAGCACGCUUUAUGAGCAGGUCCACCCGGAUGACGUGGAGAAACUGCGGGAGCAGCUCUGCACCUCCGAGAACUCCAUGACAGGUCGGAUCUUGGACCUGAAGACAGGGACGGUGAAGAAGGAGGGCCAGCAGUCUUCCAUGAGGAUGUGCAUGGGGUCCAGGCGUUCAUUCAUCUGCAGGAUGAGGUGUGGCAACGCCCCACUGGACCACCUACCUCUAAACCGAAUAACCACCAUGCGGAAAAGGUACAGGAACGGGCUCGGCCCAGUGAAAGAAGGCGAAGCCCAGUAUGCCGUUGUCCAUUGCACGGGCUACAUCAAAGCCUGGCCUCCUGCGGGUAUGACCAUCCCUGAAGAGGACACAGAUGUAGGACAAGGCAGUAAAUAUUGCCUCGUGGCGAUCGGGAGACUUCAGGUGACGAGCUCUCCGGUGUGCCUGGACAUGAACAGCCUGUCCGUCCCCACCGAGUUCUUGUCGCGACACAACUCUGACGGAGUCGUCACAUUCGUGGACCCCAGAUGCAUCAGCGUGAUUGGCUACCAGCCGCAGGAUCUUCUGGGAAAGGACAUUCUGGAAUUCUGCCAUCCUGAAGAUCAGAGCCAUCUGAGAGAGAGUUUCCAGCAGGUGGUGAAACUGAAAGGCCAGGUCCUGUCCGUCAUGUACCGUUUCCGCACCAAAAACCGGGAGUGGAUGCUCAUCCGGACCAGCAGCUUCACGUUCCAGAACCCGUAUUCGGACGAGAUCGAGUAUAUCAUCUGCACCAACACCAAUGUCAAGCAACUCCAGCAGCAACAAGCAGAGCUGGAAGUCCACCAGAGAGACGGAUUGUCUUCAUAUGACUUGUCUCAGGUCCCCGUCCCGAACAUCCCAGCCGGCGUCCACGAGCCUGGGAAGCCGGUGGAAAAAGCGGAUACGAUCUUCUCCCAGGAGAGGGACCCUCGGUUUGCUGAGAUGUUUGCAGGAAUCACUGCCUCGGACAAGAAAAUGAUGGCCUCAGCUUCGGCAACCGGAAACCAGCAGCUAUACUCCCAAGGAAGCCCCUUCCAGCCCGGACCGUCGGGAAAGGCAUUCAGCUCUUCGGUGGUGCACGUGCCGGGGGUGAAUGACAUUCAGGCCUCCUCUUCGACAGGCCAGAGCUUGCCCCAGAUCUCCCGCCAGCUGAAUCAGAGCCAAGUCGCCUGGACGGGGAGUCGCCCACCAUUUCCAGGACAGCAAAUCCCGUCCCAGUCCAGCAAGACCCAGUCAUCUCCCUUUGGGAUUGGAACCAGUCACACCUACCCGGCCGACCCGGCCUCCUUCAGCCCCCUUUCCAGUCCGGCCACCUCCUCGCCAAGCGGAAACGCCUACUCCGGCCUCGCCACCAGGACCGCGGGAUUUGCUGAAGGAGCCCAGGGGAGUGGCCAGUUCCAAGGAAGGCCAUCCGAGGUCUGGUCCCAGUGGCAGAGCCAGCAAAGUGGUGACCAGCACUCCCACCAGCAAGCCAGCCAGACAGAAGUGUUCCAGGAUAUGCUGCCUAUGCCAGGGGACCCAACCCAGGGCACCGGCAAUUACAACAUCGAAGACUUCGCCGACCUGGGCAUGUUCCCCCCGUUUUCUGAGUAGCUGCUGGAGACGAACCCAAAUCCACACCGAGACCUGGUGCCACACUCGCCACUGGGUUGGGGCUGGGCCACGUGCAUGGGGUCUCGCCAGGGGAUAACCACGCUUAGAAUUCAGUUCCUUGCAUUCGAGCAGAAAUCUUGCGGGGCCUUUGAUGGUCCAUGUGAGACCCCGGGAAUCUACUGGGGGCCGGGGCUCUGGACCUCCAGGGUUUGGGCUGCCAUGUUCUCUCUCUCUGUGUGUCUAUCUCUCUCCUCUCUCGGUCUCUUCCUUUUCUGCGCUUCGGAAGUAAGCACUUUCGCUGGCUCUUUGACAUCGGAAUGCGAGCCAUGUCUUAAUCACAACUUUCGGGCUUUUUCAUUCGAUUUUCAAAACUAACCGAGGGACGGUCAGAUCGCCCCGCUCCGACAAUCCAGCGAGAAGGCUGACUUUCAGCGUUCUUUCUGAGGACGGAGCAGGGGAUUGCAUCCCGCUGAACCUUUUUAGCUCAGUUGGAAGAUGAAACUAUCAAAACCUAAAAUGGACCCGAAGCCCCUUUGCCCCACCGAGACCCCGCUGGUGAGUGUAGGGGGGUCGCCGCAGACGUAGUCCUUGCGUGUAACGUGUGCUGUGUGUCGUGACUGUCCCGUCCUGGUAGAGUCGUUGUAACCUAGUGUCCGUGCUGUUGAGCCUGAGGGUUUGGGAAGGAGAAGAGGGGUUUAUUAAGGACCCCCAAGGUAACAUAUUCUAUGUCACCCGGCCCAGAAACCACAUGAACUGGAUAAUUUGCGUUCAGGGGGACGGAAGUCACAUUUUCCCAAUUCCCUAGUGGCAGUGCGUUCAGGAUUAGCAGGCAAGGAUUCAAAGGAGUGAAUCCUCAGAGAGUAGGGGGAGAGCAUCAUGAUAGACUAAGGAGCCAAUUUAUCCCUGAAGAUGUUUGAUGCAGGCUCUAGCUAGACACCCUGUAACACCUUCACCCUCACUCUUACCCGCUGUGCCCCGAUUGGCUUCUGGCCAUUUCUCAUCUGCAUUCCUCCACUUAGUCGUAUUUAUUGAGCGCUUACUGUAUGCAGAGCACUGUACUAAGUGCUCGGCAGAGUACAAUGUAGCAAUGAACAGGCACGUUCCCUGCCCACGAUGAGUUUAAAGCCUAGAAGGGGAGAGUGGUCCUCUUGGUGAUCCCGUUGUCCGUAUCCGGUGGUCAGAUCCAGGAGCGCUGCGUCUGAUGCCCGAGGCAUCUCCAGGGCAUCUGGUUCAGAAGCAACACCGUAAAGUGGAUAGACCCAGGCCUGGGAGGUCAGAAGGUCAUGGGUUCUAAUCCCUGCUCUGCCACGUGUCCGCUGUGAG